AUGUCUCAGAGAAACGUAAUUCUUACAUGCCACUACAACGGUGUUUUUACAACAAAUAUCCCCGACGGUUUCUCGUUCAGCAACACGGAUACAUACGCGUUUAAAAUUCAUGUGAAUUCUGAUUUUUUCCAUUUAAAAGAUAGAAUGGGAAAAAAAUUGACACGAAGCGUUGAGGAAAUAUUUUAUCGCCAUCCAACACUUAAUGAAGACGAGCUUACAAUUUUUUACUUAAUGACGCCGAUCAGAAACGACGAAGAUGUGAUUGCAAUGUUUCGGUGCCACACGAUGUUUGGUAACUUACAUACAAUUGAGUUGUAUGUUCGACUAAUAGACAACCUCGAAACAUUUCCAACACAAGAGACACAGUCACACUGCUACGGGUACAGUCAAACAUCCGACGACGAACCAACACAAAACAACUUCCCUUUCAUACCAAAUGAGGAGGUUGGAGAAGCAAGCAACGACGAUAUUCAGGAGGUCAGGAUGCAAGAUAUUUUUUGUGACAGUGAUGACGAAGACAAUAAAGAUAUGGUCGUAACGUCGAUCCGUACACAACCAAUAAGUUUGUACAACCCGCCUGCUCACAUGCAAAAUAUAUAUGACGAAUACGAUGAUACAACCUCCGUGUUUGAAAAUGCUACUCAAAACCAUGUAGGUGACGAAAUCGAGAUUGGGAUGGAGUUCGAAAACAAGGAAGCUUGUGUAUUUGCUCUGCAGCAUUGGCACAUAACACGCAGUGUUGACUAUUGGGUGUAUAAGUCUGACAAUAAACGGUAUGUCAUUAAAUGUAAGAAACAAGACUGCGGUUUCAAGUGCAGAGCUUCCUUGAGAAAAAGGAACUCGAAAUGGGUGAUAGGUAAGCUGUCAGGGGCUCACACAUGCAGUUCGACGUCUAUGGCACAAGACCAUAGGAAGCUCAGUUCAGAAAUGGCUAGCCAUAGCAUCAGGGAACUUGUCAACGCCGACGCCUCACUCAAGGUAAAAGUGAUCAUUGCCCAUAUUCUAGAAAAAUACGGGUACAUCAUAUCUUAUAGGAAGGCGUGGAUCGCUAAGUGCAAGGUGGUAGAGUCGCUUUUUGGAAAUUGGGAAACAUCUUACAACGACCUACCGCAGUGGUUACUGGUAAUGAAAACCUUCCUUCCAGGAACCAUUAUAGAUUUACAAACACUACCUGCGAUAUCAAAUGAUGGUUCCCAACUCUCUGGAAAACGAAUAUUUCAUCAUUUGUUUUAG